AGGAUUCCCAAGGCUUAUACACAAAAACACCUAGGAGCAAGAGAUGCCCAUUUCAAGCCGGUCCGCUCUGUUGUGGAGCGGACUGACUGACUGACUUACUAGCUGACUAUGGACUGCUGUCUUUAGCUAUGGGACAAUCACAGCAAACAGGGAGUUGUGAGGAGAUUGAUGUCAAAGCCCUUCAGGAUAUGUAUAAAAAAUUUGUCCUGGAGUGUCCAAGUGGAGUACUUUUUCUGCACGAGUUUAAACGUUUCUUUGGAGUGCACCCAACUGGGGAAGCAUCUGAUUAUGCGGAGAACAUGUUCCGAGCCUUUGACAAGAAUGGGGACAAUACAAUUGAUUUUCUUGAGUUUGUGGCAGCACUGAAUCUUGUUUUCCGUGGAGACCUGGAGCAUAAACUACGCUGGUCAUUCAAGGUGUAUGACAAAGACGGCAAUGGCUACGUGGACAGGAAUGAGCUACGGUCAAUAAUUGAUAGCAUCUAUCAGAUCAAGAAAUACUCAAAGAAAGACAAGAGCGAGUCACAUCUUACAGUUGAUGAGGUCGUGGAACGAAUAUUAGAUGCUGUUGACUUUGAUAGAGAUGGUCACAUUACUUUGGAAGAGUUUGUUAAAGGUGCACAGCAAGAUCCAUGGGUGCUUAAUAUGUUGAGGUUGGACAUGAAUCCAGCUGGAUGGGUUCUGGAGAACAGAAGAAAGAGUGCAUAUUUCUAAUGUGUCAACUUUGCCUUUGCUGUGAGGUAACAAAGACACAGUCAUGGCAAAAAUAAUACAGCAGAUUUUUUUUAAUCUGGUGAAAAACAUCUUACUUUCCACACUUCUGUGCUGUUUCUUUGAACAUGCAGUUUUACAUUCACAAAUGACAAUAUAUUAUUCAAUAUUUUAUUCAAUUUAACUUGUUUACUAUGAUUUGACCUGUAAUACUAUAAGAACCCAUUACAAUAAUUAUAAUAACUAUGAAGAACAUAUAAAAAAUGCUGUUUAUUGGUUUGUGUACAUGACUGUGGUUUUACUUUUACAGCUGCUCUAAUUGCCAUGCUUCAUUAUACUGACUGGAAAUAUGCUGUUUUUUCUUCUUGUUUAGUUAGUUUUAAUCACGCAUUUUACACAAAUCAACAGCCUUCUUGUCAUUUAGUGUCAAUGUAUAAAUAACAACCUAAGCCACUCUUCUCACUGAGCCACAGUCGAAGAGUGGUCAUCUUGCAACCCAAGGGUCUUGGGUUCAGUUCCAGCUUCCUCCUGCCACAUGUCGAUGUGUCCCUGGGCAAGGCAGUUAUCCUCAAAUUGCCUACCGAUCUGUGUAUCUGUGGAUGAAUGUGUGCGUGUUAGUUAGUGCGUCUGGGUGAAUGUGGCUCUAGUGUAAAGCGCUUUGAAUGGUCAGUAUGACUGGAAAGGCGCUAUAUAAGUUCAGUCCAUUCGCCAUUUAAUAUAAUGCUUAAUUUUUUUUUACUUUCUUGUUUAAUGCUAUUUUUUUUAAUGCUUUAUCAGCAAGCCAUGUUACUCAUUAAACAGUUAUUAUUGAAAGAAAUAUGUGUACUUUGUGAAAGAAUUACCCUGUUUAUAAAAGAUAUCCUGCUUAAACCUCAGUUCUUGGUGUAGAAAUUUAUUUCUAAUCUUAUUUUUAUUUAUCUUAGGAAGAGAAAGUGUUUUAGUUGAACCUAAACAACAACAUAAACUUUUUUCACUCAUUAACUAAAAUAUAUCAACAAUGUAUAUUCUAACGGAUCAAAAGUUAGAACAACCUACCUUCUAGUAGUGUGUGCUGACCCCUUUCACUAAAAUAACUUCACUGAGAUGCUUCUUGCAGCCUUCUUCUAGUCUCUGCAUCAGUGUAACGAAUGUCUGACCUGCUCCUCCCUGUCAUCAGUGAGAUGUUUAAAGGAGAUUUAUGUAUGUAGAGCCAGUUUCAAAUUCACCCACCAUGUUAAUUGGAUUAAAAUCUGGUGUUUGACUCUG